AUGAUGUUCCCUGGCCUCCUCGCGCCCCCCGCCGGGUACCCGAGCCUCUUGCGUCCCACGCCCACCUUAACGCUGCCCCAGUCCCUGCAGUCGGCAUUUUCCGGCCACUCGAGCUUUCUGGUGGAGGAUCUGAUCCGCAUCAGCCGGCCUCCGGCUUACCUGCCCCGCAGCUUACCCACGGCCAGCAUGUCGCCCCCUAGGCAGGGGGCCCCCGCGACUCUCACAGACACCGGGACCUCGGACCUGGGCUCCCCGGGUCCAGGCAGCCGACCGGACGGUUCACCUCAGACGGCCGCCGCCCCUGCAAGCGAGCCAACGUUUCUGAAGUUUGGGGUUAACGCCAUCCUCUCCUCUGCUCCCAGAACCGAAACAUCCCCUGCCUUACUCCAGAGCGUCCCUCCCAAGACCUUCGCCUUUCCCUACUUUGAAGGCUCCUUCCAGCCUUUCAUCAGAUCUUCUUAUUUCCCAGAGUCAGUGCACUUGGCCACGAUUCCGCCACAAAGGUUUCAGCACCAUGACCAAUUGAAUGCAAAAGUGAAAAUCUGGUUCCAGAACCGACGCAUGAAGUGGCGGAACUCCAAGGAGCGCGAGCUUCUGUCUAGCGGGGGCUGCCGAGAGCAGACCCUUCCCACGAAACUCAAUCCGCACCCGGACCUCAGCGACGUGGGCCAGAAGGGCCCAGGGGAUGACGAGGAGGAAGACGACGGCCCGGGCAGCCCCCGCCACCGCCUGGUCUAUCACGCGUCCCCCGACCCUCGGCACCUGCGGGACCCGCGGCUGGAAGGGCCGCUGCCUGCCUCACCGGCUCACUCCAGCAGCCCCGGCAAGCCUUCGGACUUCUCCGACUCCGAGGACGAUGAGGAGGGCGAAGAGGAGGAGAUCACCGUGUCUUAG